AUGGCGGAUUUGAGAUUGUUUAUAAUAGGAUUAUGUUGUUUCGUGUCUGUUAUCAAUGCGGCAACAUUACAAACUCAACGUGACAGAUCACGAAGUCCGGUUAAAAAUAAAGAGUCGACAACCUCGUCGUCCCAAAACGAUUUACCAGUAAAUAGACAACAAGCGGCUAACGUUUUUGCCAAUGCUGGUAAAAAAGCCGGUUUGGAAAUAUGGAGAAUAGAAAACUUUGCACCCGUACCUGUGGAACGUCGUCAAUUUGGAAAAUUUUACGAAGGAGAUUCUUACAUUGUUUUAAAAACAAAAGAAUCCAAAGGUAAAUUCAGUUGGGAUAUACAUUUUUGGCUGGGUGAUAAAACAACUCAAGAUGAAUCUGGAUCGGCUGCCAUUUUGGCCGUGGAAUUAGAUGAUUCUCUCGGUGGCGCUCCGGUUCAACAUAGAGAAACUCAAGGACACGAAUCACAACUUUUCACGUCUUAUUUUUCCGGUCUAUAUUUUUAUGCAUCCGCAGCAAUCAGGUACCUUACCGGUGGGGUUAAAAGUGGAUUCACACACGUCACGCCAAAUGAAACCGAUGGUAUCAAAAGAUUGUAUCAAGUCAAGGGCAAAAAAGACGCGAGAAUCAAACAGGUAGAACCAUCAUCGAAAUCAAUGAACAAAGGUGAUUGUUUUAUUUUGGAUACGGGAAAAGUUAUUUAUGUUUAUUAUGGAGUCGGAACAUCUGCCGGUGGUGACGACGAACAAUUCGAACAAAAUAUCGAUGCUCAAGUUGUCUUGUACAAAGUCAGCGAUGCUUCCGGUGGUUUGAAAAUAGAAAAAGUUGGAGAAAAACCUUUGUCGAAUGCCGACCUCAACACAAACGAUGCUUUCAUUCUCGACACUGUCACCUCUGGUCUUUAUUCAUGGAUUGGAAAACGUUCGACAAAAGCUGAAAAAGAAGAAGCAUUGAAAAAAGCACAAGAAUUUUGCAAAUCUAAAAAUUAUCCAUCUUGGACGAGAAUAACAAGAGUCAUCGAAGGAGGAGAACCGACGACAUUUAAACAAUAUUUUAGAGAAUGGAGAGAAAAAGGAGACAUUGUUGUCAUGGGUUAA